GUGGUAUUCGCGCAGGCGAUUCUAAUCUCGGUCUCUCUCGACGAGAUAAUGAAAAAGUGUGAGUCGCGAAUGAGUCAAUCAAAGUAUUGACGCAUUUGAUCUCCGUAGUGAGGACCAGAUCUGCUUCUGGAAUCUACGAUCUCCGUUCAUUCAAGAAAAAAAGUGCAUUAUCCUUAUCUAGUAUACGAGUACACGGCACGUUGCCUUUCGCUUUCAAACUGCGUUUAUCAAUCCCACCCCCACCUUUGGGCUUCCCCUGGCACCAAUCGUGACAUUUCGCAUUUAUCGACUGGUGGAAGAGACGAUGAACGGGGAGAAGGGCCGCAACACGGUCCACGAAGGCGCGUACGGCGAACGUAGCGAAGCCACCUGAAGUGCCACGCGAGUCACCGCGACGCGAGCGUGACAGGGGGGCCUCUGAUAGGGUGUUGGCUAGUUCAGCUGGUUGGUACUUGGUGCAGGAACGCUUUAGAAGAAGAAGGCGAACGAAGGAACGUUUCGCAACGACGAGACGACGCGCCGAGACCUGAGACGGGAGUGCUUCACUGCUUCGCUCUCGCGAGAAUUCUCGUCCGUGAUACGAAUAACAACGCUACGUGUAUUGACACACACCUAACUUCAGUGGGGAUCCAUCGACGCGUCCCAAAUCAUCGGUAAUCGGUGUAGUCAGGUGUAACGACGUUUAUCGAUCUACACUUUGUUCAUUGAUAAGCAAAUAAGUUCAGUGUGAAAAGGAGAAACUUUCGCUUUCGUUUGUUCCUCGUUUGCCGCGAAGUUGGCGAGGAGAGCGAAUCGGCGUGCCGUUCGGACGUGACGUGACGUACGCGCGCGACUUUCAGGUCCAUUCAGGCCACACCUGCGCGGUGUGUGAACAACUUCGCGUGUGUCUCGCACGCGCGGAACAUGGCCAACGCGCGUGGAGGACGCGCGUACGGCGUCGUCCGCUGUUGCCUAUACCUGCUGAUCACGGGCGUCGUCACGCUCGCUCAGGAUAUAUCGCCUGGCAGCCGCUACUACAAUCGCGACGGCGUAUACGUGCCGCAAGACAAGACCUUCGUCUAUAAUGGUAGACGGUAUGGGUAUGGAUAUCAACCUAGCUACCUGGAGCCUGGUUACAGAGGACCCACGAGAGCACCUGAAGAUCGAUUUAUUUACGGCACCACAGAAAGGCUUCCGUUGCCAGGAAUACUAGCUGGUUGGCGCGAAGAUCUUCAAGGAAAAGAAAGACCAGAUUCUAAACUUUUUAUAAAAACCAGAGACAUACUUGUAAAUACAAAUUAUGGUCAAAUUCAAGGAUUUAAAGUCCAAUUAUAUGACGAUCCAUUUGCGAGGCACAGACCUUGGAAUGUAGCAGUCGAAAGAGUUACAAAAGAUGUUAAUGUAUUUUUGGGUAUUCCUUAUGCUAUGCCACCUACUAAAGAAGGUCGUUUCAAACCCCCCAGACCUCCUAGAGGGUGGCAACUUUUACAAGCCAUUGAUUGGGGACCAGCUUGUCCUCAACCUAGCGAAUAUACUGGUGCAACAAAAGGUGUACGAGACGUUGAUGAAGAUUGCUUGUAUCUUAACAUAUUUACACCUUCUAUUGGCUAUGGGUUAGCAAAUAGAUAUCCAGUGAUGUUUUACAUACAUGGUGGCGAAUUUAGUCAUGGAGCGAGUAAUUUGUUUCCAGCUCAUAUACUAGCUGCCUUCUACAAUGUCGUAGUGGUAUCAAUUAAUUAUCGCCUUGGAGCUCUUGGAUUUCUAAGUACUGGAGAUGAGAAUAGCCCUGGAAACUAUGGAAUUCUUGAUCAAGCUAUGGCGUUGAGAUGGGUCUAUGACAAUAUAGUUAGCUUUAACGGAGAUCCUGACUCUAUAACACUAUUUGGGCCAGGUGCUGGAGCAGCGAGUGCGGGAUUGUUAAUGGUUGCACCAAAAACUCGACAGAUGGUAUCAAAAGUAAUAGCGCAAUCGGGUUCAGCUCUAGCUGAUUGGGCGGUGAUAGUAGACAAAUACCGAGCACAAAAUACAUCUCGAGUAUAUGCAGAAAUGCUCGGUUGUAGCAUAGAGAGUAGUUGGAAAUUAGUACAAUGCUUAAAAGAUGGACGUAGUUUCCUUGAGUUAAGUAAUUCUGAAUUAAAACCACAUGUCGGAAUGUUUCCUUGGGCACCCGUGCUCGAUGUCAAUUUUACGAUACCUCGAGAUGAUUGGUACGAAGAUUGGAGAGCAUCCGAUUGGCGCUUUUUUACAGAAACGCCAGAAGAAAGUAUUAAAGCUCACAAAUAUAGCAAAGAUUUGGCUUACAUGGCUGGUGUCACAACUCAAGAAGCAGCAUUUAUUAUAAAAAAUAAUGCUACAUUAGCAAAAAAUCAAUACACAAUAACUCCUGAGAUAUUCGAUCAAAGGAUUUGGGAAUUAGUUCUUCGAUAUAACUAUACCCUAAAUCCACAAGGCAUUUACGAGGCAAUAAAAUAUAUGUAUACAUAUUGGCCAGAUCCAAUGAACGUUACGCACGUACGUGAUCAAUAUAUAAAUCUCUUAUCAGACUUUCAUUAUGUUGCACCAUACGACAAAAUAGCAAAAUUAUUGGUAGAAAGACACGUACCGACAUAUCUCUAUGUCUUAAAUACUUCGAUAGAAUCACUUUAUUCGCCACAAUGGGCUAGAGUACCUCAUGAUACUGAGCUUUUGUGGCUGACGGGAGCACCGUUUAUGGAUGUUGAUUUGCCGACUGUUAUUGGUUACAUUGUCCCUACUUAUCCUCCCGUUACAGAAUAUUGGUGGGAACCUAAACAGCCAUUACAAAUCGCAUUUUGGUCGAUGUCGACGGCGUGCCUGCUGCUACUUGUACUCUCUGUGGUGUGCUGUAUGCUUUGGCGUAACGCCAAAAGACAAUCUGAUCACUACUAUAGCGGAGACAUCCUGAUGGUACGAGACGAUGAGCACUCCGAGGGAAUCGAGAAUAUAACACGUUCAUCUAAAGAAAAUAUAUACGAAUAUCGUGAUGUACCAGUGAAGACCCGAAUACCGCGUCAAAACGAAAUGAGACUGCAAGAACGUUUAGCACAUAACAGAAAAUUCAGUUCUACACCCUCGUUACGUAGCAAUUCUAAUGUCUCAUUAAAAGAUAUGAGAUCGGAAGGUUUCAUCACUAGCUCACCUAAUGGUCAUCCUAAAAUGGCAAAGACACUGAGUCAAUCUGCACUGCCAAAAACUAAAAGCAAAACACUUUUAGUACAGGGAGUACCACAAACAGCUGUUUAAUACUUAAGUUACCAUUAUACAAAAAAAUCGACAAUCUUUUUAUAUUUAUUUUUUUAUACUUAGGUUU